CCGUACAAUUAGUGUUUACGACUUACUGUCACGUUGUGUGCCUUAUGGCUGUUGGAAAAGCUUUCUGUAAAUAAAAAUAGGAAUAAAAAAUGGAAAACUAUUUUGAAAAAACUCGAGCAAUAGGUGCUAAUUUGGAUGAAGGUAUUAGUAAACUUCAAGAAACAUGGAAAAUGCCUCACUUGUUGCUACACAAAAAUAAUGAAGAAGAUAAAGUAGUCGCAAAAAAACUUGUGGAGACUUUAAAAAAUGAAUUAGCUACGUUAAGGGCAAGUGUUGAACAAAGUGUAAAAGAGAUUUCCUACAUAAAGGAAAGUCACUCUGCAUUUCUUGAAGAGACUAAUAACGCUGUAAUGACUUUACAAGAAGACGUAGACAUAAUAAAAACGUUAUUCUGUGAUAAUGGAUAUGUUGAAGAAUCAAAAGAGCCUGAAAUUGCAGCGAUCAAUAAAAAAUUGGAAAUGAUGUCUGUCAACAGUAAUGUGCCUUCCACAACUGAAUCUACUGAUGAGAAUAUACAAAUGUUUGAUAAUAGUUCCUAUCCAAUGAUAGAUUUAGAACAAGCAGGCUAUUUGCCAAUUAGUGAUGAAUUUGCAUAUGAUAGUCCCACACAUGAUCAUCAUGAAAGAGCUACGACAAAUAAUCCACCAAUAGAACCCUUGUAUUCGCCUUAUUAUUAUAAAAUGAUGAAGAAAUAGUGUUUUAAUUGAAUGUUUAGUCAAUAAGAAUUUAUUACCUAAACAUGUGUAAAAAAUAUACAAUGUUUUACAUGUGACAAUUAUACUUUAAAAACUAUAAAACAACUUGUAGUGUAAGUCACGAUUCUUUGGGUCAUUACUUGGUGCAGUCUAAUAGUGAAAGUGAAGUAUUUUCAUGAAGAGCUAAGAACAUUUUAGAGUAUAGUCGCUUGUGUGUUUGUGUAAUUUGUAAUAAAAUUAUCACUGAAUUUCUA